UCUGGUUCGUCUUGAGCAGUUGCAAUGGCUGCCACCGUCGUCAAGAACGUGAUUUUUUCAUCUGUUCUUGCGCUGGGUGCUCUCUUUCUUUUUGUUCCUGCUGUUUCAUGCAAUGAAAAGCUUCUUGAGACAUGCGGGAUCAAGACGAUUUAUCAACUUGGAGAUUCAACAGCUGACACAGGCAAUCUCAUUCGCGAGAACCCUCAAGCUGGCUGCGAUCGUCUUCCCUAUGGACAAUAUUAUUUCAAGAAGGCAACUGGUAGAUGCUCAAACGGGCUCCUAAUCAUCGACUUCAUGACAAUAUCAGCGGGUGUCCCUUUUCUUGAAGCCUACUUGAAUCCGAAUCCCAAGACUCGCUUUAACGGAUUGAACUUCGCCGUUUCUGGGGCUACAGCUUUGCCUGCGAGCAUUCUAGCAGAAAGAAAUAUUCCAUCCCCAGUAACCAACAGUUCUCUGGAUAAACAACUCGACUGGAUGUUCUCCUAUUUCAAUACAACAGCAUGCAGCAACUAUACAGACUGUAUGAGGAGAUUAAACAAUACCCUCUUCGUGGCUGGGGAGAUUGGAGGCAAUGACUAUACCUAUGCCUUGUUAUUGGGAGGCAAAGAUCUUGAGGAGGCGAAGGCUUUGGUGAGAGACAUUGUGCAGGCCACCAAGGAAGCUGUUAGAAGGGUUGUUGGUUAUGGUGGUAGAAGAAUUGUUGUUCCUGGGCAUUCUCCAAUCGGAUGCUCGCCGAUGUAUUUGACAGCAUUUAAGGCCAAUGAUUCUGCUGCAUAUGACGAGUUUCAUUGCCUCAAGGAGUAUAAUAACUUGGCAUCUUAUCAUAAUCAGCUUCUUCAGGAAGCCCUUGAAGAAUUAAGAAGAGAACACCCUAAUGUGGCUAUCGUCUAUGGCGAUUUUUACAGUGCAUACAUGUGGAUUCUGCAAAAUGCUCAUUCGCUUGGUUUUGAUGCGACAAAGGUGCAAAAAGCUUGCUGCGGCAUUGGUGGUGAGUAUGAUUUCAAUGUCAGAAAGUUGUGUGGAAGUCCUGGCGUACCAGUCUGUGCAAACCCCUUUGAACGCAUCAGCUGGGAUGGAAUUCAUUUUACCCACAAGGCCUAUGAACACAUUGCCUCUUGGCUCAUCCGCGAUAUCCUGCCAAAACUUCAAUGUAGUUCUUGAAAACUAGCACUCAAACAAAGUGACUCCAAAGUUUCAGUGUAGUUCUUGAACAUGAGCAUUCAAAGAAACUCUCUGAUUAAUAAAAUAUUUGUUCUUGAUCGAUCA